CAGCACAUUCCAAAGUCAAUUCAUCUCCUCGGCCGGAUCGAGUCCCUCUUACGUGUCGCCUCGCCUUACGUGGAAGAACAAAAAAACUCUAUAACAUGUCGAGCCAACCACUUCUCCAGAUAGCACCUGGCAAACGGAUUGCCCUACCUACUCGAGUCGAGCCCAAGGUAUUCUUCGCCAACGAGCGCACAUUUCUCUCAUGGCUCAACUUUACCGUCAUCCUCGGCGCCCUUGCCAUUGGCAUGCUUAACUUUGGCGACCGCCCCGCUUUCAUCUCCGCCUUCCUAUUUACCGGCGUGGGCAUGCUCACCAUGAUAUAUGCUCUUUUCACAUAUCAUUGGCGCGCCAGAUCGAUACGAGUGAAGGGCCAGGCCGGCUUCGACGAUCGCUUCGGCCCGACCGUCUUAGCCAUCAUUCUAUUACUGGCCGUCAUCGUGAAUUUCGUUUUGCGCAUAACUUAUACCAGCACCGAGGGUGGCAAGAAACACUAGGACUGAAUCGAGCCGCCGGAGGAACGGGUGAUCCACAGAUGAGGCUGCCAUUGUUACAGUUAUCGUGCGACGUUGGCGCCGACAGUUCGAACGAUGAGAAUUAAAUAUUUGUUGAAUGGCCCUCAAAAACAGAUUGUCAGACGAAAGAGGAUGCAUAUGUUAGCAACAAUGAGUAGGACGUUGUGGGUGUUGUGAGCCGAGGAAAACGCAUUGUACAAAAAGCCCCAACGACGGGAGUUUUGCAACCAUAGGAACUACC